AUGGUGAAGCCUGUAGUGAACCCUAAUAUGAACAAGACUCUGCGUGAAGUGGUAGGGCGCUUCAUGGGUCCUACUCCACAGCUCUCACAUAAGCAAAAGGUUCAAAGGCUGUACAAGAAUUCGCUCAAGACACUGGAUUCGUGGAUCAUUGACCGCCGCCUCUGGAACGAAGAGGCCACCAAGAUCCGCGCCGAGUUUGAUGCCAAUCGCCGAUUGGACCCUACUUCAGGACUAGCCACGAGGCUAUUACGUGAAGGGCAGGAAAAGGUAGACCACUACACGCACCCGGACCGCUAUAUAUUCAACUACAUGCCAGGUGGCAGUCUCUACAUGCGCAAUGCUCCUAUUCCACUAGAUGUGUGUUUCCCGGACGGUGAGAUUCCGGACGAUGUAGAGCUAUCGCCGCUUGAGGGAAUCAAUGUCGAUAUGACGCCUUUACCUGCCAAGGAAACGGUAUUUGUGGACUUUUCAAAGAAGGGCUACGACUAA